AGUUGCAAGAAGCGAGUUCAGUCUUCCAGAUGUCUGUAUCCAAAGCAUUACAGUUUAUGGAUAAAAAAGAUCUUGAGUGUGCCAUCUGUCUCAGCAGGUUUGAACAACCAAAGACACUGGAAUGCAUGCACACCUAUUGUCUACAGUGUAUCCAGAAAUGGGUGGAAAUGCAUGGAAAGAUGGAAUGCCCAACGUGUGGCCAAGAACAUGAUUUAACAAAGGAAGAUUUAAAAAAGCUGGCUUCAAAUACAAUGAUCAGUCAACUACUAGAGUAUGUAAUAAAAACCGAGGAUCAAACACCAACUAAAUGCUCAUUCUGUGACAAUCAACCAGCAUAUCACUGCUCGACAUGUCAACACUAUCUAUGUGGAGGUCAGUGCAUCAAACAACACAAGAUGGUACAAUUUACUAGAGAUCAUCCACUCUACACACUAGACUUGAAGGAACAAGAUGACCAACCAAUCAAUUGCCAAGUUCACUGCAAAUCGCAUCUGGAAUUUUACUGCUCCGAUUGCAAAAAAUCAGCAUGUAAGCAAUGUGAACACAUCCUUACCUGUUAUCAGGAACAGCAUAAAGUGAUUCCAAUGUCAAUGUCUGUGGACGAUUUCAACAACGAUACCAGUGAAUUUAUCAAAUUAGCACAUGGAAUUCAAAAUAAAUUAUCAGAAAAACUAGAAUUUAUAGCUAAAAAUAAAUCAGUGUUAAAAUCACAACUAAAAUUAAGUAGAACAGCCAUUGAAAUUCAGGAAAAUAAACUUAUUAAGAAAGUUAAAGAGAAAAGCAAAGAAUUAAUUUUAGAUCUUGAAAAGAGAUACAAAGAAAAGGAAGAUGACAUUGAUUGCAAAUUUAAAGAUAUUGAUUCAAAGAAAACUCAAGUGAAUAAUUUAAUGACCACAGUCACUAAAAUGAACACACCAGAACAACGAGAGACUUUUGGAUCGCAUAAGACAACUAUCAACGCUGUAAAAGACAAGGUCCUAAACGCUGAUUUUGAUAAAUCAUUUCUUAAAAUAAAUAUUACACCAAAUUUCAUUCCAUGCACACACUUGGAUGAGUUACUGAAUAAUGAAGGCAUCGGUAAAAUCACAACUGUUGAUAUGACGUACGAGGUUGCAGGUGAGGAUAGAGCAAUUACUGUCACAAAGGGACAACCGUUUUCGGUGAAAGUAUCAAAUCUAUCAGCGAGUAAUGCAUGUCAGUUAGAUGCAACAUUAAUAAACUCAUCAGGUGAAGAAUCGGCAACCGAGGUCGAAUAUAAUAGAAAUGGAGAUUAUAAAGUAAAAGGUAGAUGCAAUGGGGAAGGUGAUUGGCAAAUGCAAAUCACUACUUGAGCUGCACACGUCAAAGGAU